GCGACUGUCCAUGGGCGACGUUGGUCUUCAUGUGCGUGGUAACAACCAUAACAGCGACGAGGGACGAGACCCAGGACUUUAUAGACCACGUGCUGAGGAUACCUAACCCCAACAAGGUGCUGAAGUCUGUGCUCGGCAGGCUCGAGAGGAACCGGGAGGGGCUGCUCAGCAGAACCCUGACACGGAUGGCAGAUGAGGACUGUGAGGAACCUUCGGAGGCUUUACCAGAAUAUACUGAAACACUACAAGCCUCCCGUGAGAGAGAACUAAGGCAACUUGGUAUACAGAAACAUUACCCAAUUUGUCACUUGGAGCGGAAGAUCAGACGACUGAACACGAAUGAAUACGAGUACCGACCGGCGUACUACGAGGAGGUCCGCUGCACCAUGACCUCUGCAGAGGAUGUUGGGGUCACCAACGAGGUCUGCUCGAGUUUGGGUUUUUCUUGCGUCCAGUGGAACAAGACAAUACAUUUGACGAGAAGGCGCUAUUCUAGUGAUUGUUGGGAGACGAAAACCAUGGUGAUACCGGCUGGUUGCGAGUGUAUGUGGCCAGUCCAUCGACUUGGGGAUAUGACUCUACGCGUCUGAACACAACGAAUACUUCGCUUUAUUUUAAAUAUUUAUUUAAUGUUGUAAGA